AUGUUCAAGAAACCUCUGUCCAAUCUUAAGACCUCGGCACCCUUGCGUGGUUCAGAUCGCCGCAAGCUUCGUCAAAAGGUGGUCCAAGCGUAUCAGAUAUCCAACGAAGAAGGGGAUCUGUUGGUGCCAGAUGGCCUGCAAUCAGUCAAAUUUCUAACCCAUCUAGAGGAGCCAGGAACCGCGUAUCUUGCCCCCGACGGCCGAGAUCCAUUGUGGUUCUCCAUCGGUAAAGACUCAGAUGAAUUGAUUCCUACAGUGUACACUUUGUGGAAGCGUCCUGGACUCUUGCCAUGGGUUUCGACUCCAGAAGCUGUGAUUCCGAAGCUCAUCGGUGGAGCAGAUCUUAUGAUUCCAGGCGUCGUGCAGUGGUCACCGGCUAUUGCAGAGGGGCAGCUCGUUGCUAUCGUACAAUACACUCCGGACGAGUCAAAGCGAGGAUAUCCGUUAGCCGUUGGACACAUGUCUGUUGAUAAAGGAACUCUGCAUCAAGAUGGCAAGGGGAAAGCAGUCUACGUUAAACACACCUGGAGGGAUACGCUAUGGGAUAUGGGGCGCGGUGGAGAGAUCCCAGAUCCUAUGACGAUUGACUUGCCGGCCUCGCCACAAGACAGUUCGUCUCAGGUGGAGGGUAAUCCUACGGCACCUGUCAUUGGGGCGUCGAAUGAUCGAUCGCCCAAUCCCGAGUCCGGCGGUGCCAGCAGUGAUAAUGCUCAAGCCGUCGAGCUGACUCCUGAUGAUGUGUCCGCCGUACUACGGAGUAGUCUGCUCCAAGCCAUACAGACGACACUGUCUAAAACCCCUCAGUCAUCUUUCCCCAUCAUCGCCACUACGCUCUACACAAACAGUGUCCUUCCAUCUCGCCCAGCGUUUCCUUCCCCAUACUCCGAAACACCCGUCGACGUCAAACACUCAUCCCACAAAUCUCUGACUGCGUUUCUGAAGGCGAUGGAAAAAGAAGGUCUGAUAACUCUUAAAGUGCCGAAGGGCAAAGCUGGGGGCGACGUAGUCGUCACUGCCGUAAACGCCAAGCAUCCAGACGUUGAGUCUCAUUCGUCUUAUACCACCAUCGCAGACAUCGAGGCAAGGAAAGAGAAACGAGAGCAACGAGAAGUGAAGGAACGAAGCAAAGUAAAAGAACAUGCGGUUACCGAGAAGUACAAACCGAUGGGAUCUGGAAGCGUGCGCUUCUUCGAAGACUGUGGAAAGAACACCAGCGCUUUGUACACCGCCCCCGAGAUCCGAGCCAUCAUCAACCAGUAUGUUCAGGACAAACAACUGGUAAACGUACGAGAGCAACAAUACAUAAAUAUCGACGAAACACUACAAAAGGCGAUGCAAGGUUGUGACCCCGAUACCCAAUUCUUGAAAAGGGAUGACUUAGUGCGCUUCGUUAUUGGCAAAAUGCAAAGCUGGCAUGAAAUCACCCCGGAUGGUAAAGAUCCCAUCCUGAAAAAAGGGGCCUUAAAGCCGAUCUCUGUUGCAGUGAAAAUCAGACAAGGUCGAAAGGCUGCUACCUUGAUCACAGGCUUUGAGCCUUUUCUUCUUGUUGCGGAAGACUUAGCCGAUGAGCUGAGGAAACUGUGUGCUUCCGCUACCUCAGUGUCUCCCGCCCCUGGGAAGUCGUCCGGACAAGAGGUGCUGGUCCAGGGGAAACAAGCGCAAGUUGUUACAGAUCUACUGCUUGGGAAGGGGGUACCAAAGAAGUGGAUUGAAGUACAUGACCUGUUGGACGGGAAGAAGAAGUGA